AUGUCUGGCAAUUCGUCUUUCGAAGUCAUUGUACUGGGGCCUACCGGAGGACCACGCGAAGAUGCGGUGACUGGCCUUCUCGUACGAUCAAAAUCAACAAACUGGACUCCAGGAUCAAUGGUUGCCGUGGACGCGGGGACUAUGCUGGCCGGAAUUGUGCGCAUACUGAAAUUAUAUGUCUCAAAUUCGAAAAAUGCCCGCCAAGGAGCAACGCUCAAAGAGGGUCCCUUCAGGGGAUUAAAGCUGCCUGCCAAAACUGCCGAGGCAAACGCGGCGUACAUUUUCCGUGAAAUAAUUGGCGCAUUUCUUAUUACACAUCCUCAUCUAGACCAUGUCGCGGGUCUUGCAAUCAACACGCCGAUCAUUGAAGCGGGAAGUGGGCCCAAGCCUGUUGCGGCUCUGCCGUCUGUGCUGUCUGCUAUCAAAAAUCAUGUGUUUAACGAUGUUAUCUGGCCUAAUUUGUCCGAUGAAGAUGGGGGUGCUGGUCUGCUUACGUAUCAGCGACUUGUGGAGGGUGGAAAUCCGCGAUUCGGUAGUGAGGAUAGCAGAGGCUAUGUUCGUGCUUGUCAAGGCAUUGUAACUAAAUGUUUGAGUGUCAGUCAUGGAAAGUGCAAGCAACGAUACGAUCCAGAAAGCGGAACGCAUCACCGUGCGUCAAGUACUGUGUUUAAUUCCUCUGAGUCGCGCCUCAUGCCGACAAGGGCGAUAUCAGGCCAUUCCGAUGCAGGCCACUUUUCCCCGGCCCGCUCGCCUCACCUCGGUCCUGCAGAGUCCAUGGUGUCAACAGUUGAAAGCUCCGCCUUUUUUCUUCGUGAUCACGAUAGUGGCGAUGAAAUUAUCAUUUUCGGUGAUGUCGAACCAGAUACUGUCUCCCUUGAGCCCCGUAAUCGACGUGUAUGGGAAACAGCAGCACCAAAGGUUGCCAGACACACACUCCGUGCCAUCUUCAUCGAAUGUUCAUACUCCGACAGCAUCGAUGACGCAUAUCUAUAUGGCCAUCUCUGCCCACGCCACCUCAUCGCGGAGCUGUCGGUUCUUGCUGACAGGGUCCUUGACGCCCGUGAGCAAACCCAAGAUAAAAAGCGUAAACGCGAAACCGAGACUGCCCGUAACAGUCCACGAUCACCCUUUAAACGAUCACACAGCUCUUCAGGCCGGAAGUCCCGUGCUGGUUCGUCUCGGGGCCAACAUAAUGAGCCUUUGGAGGGACUAAGCGACCUGCUAGCUUAUGAUCAUUAUUUCCCCCCGGAUUCAACGCGAUGGGCUAACUCUGAUCCUCCGUUGGCUGACUUUUCUGUUUAUAUCAUCCAUAUUAAGGAGACUAUGAAGGAUGGUGUGCACCCUGGCGAGACGAUCGUUCAGGAAUUGACUGCUCAUGCUGAAGCGCUUAAUCUUGGCUGUCAAUUCUUUCUUCCCAACCCGACAGAGUCCAUUUCUAUUUGA